GUUAAAAAAAAUAAAAGGCGAAAAGCACACCUGAGCAGAACCGUGGACGCCAUGGCAAUGGAAGACGGUGCUCUUUCAUCUUUACAUCGAAAGAAUGGCUUCAUUUGUUUCUACUCACCGUAUCCUUCCUAGCCAUCAUCAAUCUGGGCUUGGAUUUGUGCAUGACCAAGAUCGUUCUUGUGAUAGAACUAACACUUUACAUCUUCAAAAUGCUCCUAAAAUCCCAAGGUCUCUCUCCUUUUUGCUCUCUGUGCCAGCUUCAGAAAGUAGACCAGAUGCUGUUGUUGUUCAGAGCAACGGUCGAUCGUCUUUUUCACAGACAGCUGCUGUGAGGCAUCUGACAGGUUCUGUUACUAGACCCCAUGGACUUCGUUUUGCUGUGGUUGUUGCUAGAUUCAAUGAAAUUGUUACCAAACCACUCUUGGAAGGUGCUUUGGGUACUUACAAGAAUUAUUCAGUUCAAGUUGAGGAUAUUGAUGUUGUGUGGGUACCUGGUAGUUUUGAAAUUGGUGUUGUUGCCGAAAGACUAGGAAAAUCAGGCAAAUAUCAUGCAAUCAUAUGCAUAGGAGCUGUGGUACGAGGAGACACAACCCACUAUGAUGCAGUUGCUAAUUCAGCAGGAGUGCUUUCAGCUGGUCUAAACUCAGGUGGUAUUCUGUUAAUGUUGAUUGUAAUCAUAUUCUAAAAUAGCUAUUCCGAAAAGGGACACCUUCUUUGUUGGGUACAAAGAGAGAUGGUAGAGUUGGUUCAUCAAACUCUUCUUUGUAUCAUUGUUUUGCUCUUCUUCAUUAUGCAUUUGCAGCUUCCUUUCUCUAUGUCGAAUGGGCUUUGGGCUGGUUUUGGUGGUUGUGAUGGUGGUUGCGAUGAAGGUGGGGUGUGGUGGUUGGGUGGUUGCCAGAGAGCCGCCACACUCAUCUAGAUUUGGUGAAGAGGAAGACCAAGCCUUUCUUCUUCUUGUUUUGGGACCCCAUAGUUGUGGUUGAAGGAGGGGUGUGGAGGGGAAGGGGAAGAGAGGUGGGAUGGCGGAGCAUCGUGAGAUUAGGGAAGGGCAACUUGGGAAUAUUCAAAAUUAAGGGUAUGCAGGAAGUAAUUCCCUUAAGAGUGAAGUCAUGUGAAAAUCCACGACUCUGAGCUUGGUUGGUAGGAGUUAUUUUGUAACCUUGGAUGUUGAAUUGCAUGAGAAACCAAGUUUCAAAUAGUCGUUCAUGAUAAAUUUGGGCAAAAUUCCAACAUUGAGCUAUAGUUUUAAAUUCUAUAUACAAAUUCCAACAUUGUUAUUUUAACAAUUAAAGCAUUAUGUUUUAAACUUGAUAUUAUUUUAA